AUGUCAGACACAGAAGUACCGAGUGAACAGUCGACCUUAGUAGAAUCAGAAGAUGAGCAUCAUGAGAAGAUUAUCAAUGUGGAGGAGAUUUUCAUAUCGCCCCUUUUUGUGAUACAUGAAACCAAGUAUGGAGGAAGAGGAUGUUUUGCAAGUGGCCACAUCCCCAAAGGUACCGUUGUGCAUAGAUGUGAUUCUCCUUUGAGUUCAACUAUCUCAAAACCAUUUAAGAAAGAGGUUUGUCAAGAGUGUUUUAGGUAUUUUGACGGGAAAACCCUUAAAGUUAAGCUCACAAAGAAAUUUGGAAAGGAUGCAUGUUCUUUAUUUUUUUGUACUGAAGAGUGUAAGGAUCUGUUUAUGGACCAAGAUGUGAAUGGUGUCUACUUGGAAAAUCUAUUGCAACUCGAGAAGUGUUAUCUUAUGGGUUUAAGUACACCCGAAAUUGGCCCACGUGAGCCAGAUCCAAGUCAACCAUUGGAAGUAGUAGCUGCACAAGAAUGGAAGAAUGUUGCAAUUUGGGAACAGAAGUUAGGUACUAUGAAACAAUCUAAAAGAGCUAAUAUGAUACCGAGAUUAGAUGAAGCUGAAUAUUUAGAGAUUAAAUACGUGAUUGGGGUUUUGUUUCAAAUGUACAAGCAGGAUGUUACGUCCACUUCUCUGAAGAGCACCAUUAUCGAUAGUUUGGAUACUGUAAAUACAAAUACCGAGUUGAGUCUUUUCAAUCUCCUUCAAUCUGUCGAAAUGGAAAAAGUCAAGAAAUAUCCAUAUUUAUUAUAUUCAUAUAUCAACAUAUAUAAAUUUCUCAAGUUAACAUGUUCAAGUCAUCUUCAAAAAUUCAUCAAUCCAGAUCAUGUUAGAGCAAUAAUAGGAAAGAAUUUAUCAAACGCGUUUGGAAUCUGGUCAGAAACCUCUAAUCCAACGGAAGACAAGGAAUUUUUUGGAUUUGGUGUAUAUCCGUCGGCAUCAUUUUUCAAUCAUUCAUGUGCACCCAAUAUUGUGAAAACUAUGGACACUAACAAACUUCUGUUUAGAACUUUAAGAGAUAUAUUGCCAGGAGAAGAAUUAUGUAUCAAUUACGGAAAUUAUUUGGAUGAAUCGGUAGAGACAAGAAGAAAGGAAUUAAGUGAAUGGUUUUUUGAUUGUGCUUGCAACAAAUGUGAAGCUGACUUAGAGGCAAAGUAA